UUUGUUGUUUCGUAACUCGUUUCAUAAAUUCGUUUCGUAAAACAAGCUCAAUGAGUUUGAAAUUCCCGCAAUCUAGAAGUGACGUAGAGCAAGUACUAUUGGCCAGAAGACUUUGGCAAUUUAAAUAGACGGCGAAUGUCCCUUUUCUAUUGGGUAGCUGCUUUCAAGCGCCAAGAUUUCAAUAUAAAGCGACGCAUUUACCUCAAGCUUUUCAUUAGGUUCUUUCUUUGUAGCUGACAAUAUAGCUUGCUAGGCUUGUAUUUCAACUAGUCCCGCUUAAUUUUACGUGUAUUUAAUUUGUUUAGGUAACUCAAUUGUACUUUUCACGUAUUUGUAAUCACGUUAUAUUUAUUGCUGUCGGUGCUGCUAUUAAUUUACUUGAAAAUGCUGUCUACAAGAUCCCCGCUUUCCGCUAAGAACGAGAACAUCGUCUCCUCUAAAGUUGAGAACAUGUCGUUGAUUGACAAAGAAAACACACCCCCAAGCCUGAACACUACUCGGAUUUUGGCCUCCAAAACCGCGCGUAAAAUCUUCGAAGAUUCCGAGCCUACGAAGAAAACAAAAGCAAGCGUUGAAGACGAACCUCUACUGAAGGAGAACCCCCGUCGCUUUGUCAUUUUCCCUAUCAAGUACCAUGACAUUUGGCAGAUGUACAAAAAGGCAGAGGCCUCUUUCUGGACAGCUGAAGAGGUUGAUCUCUCCAAAGAUCUCUCGCACUGGGAAUCGCUGAAGGAUGAAGAGAGGCAUUUCAUCUCUCAUGUGUUGGCAUUCUUUGCUGCUAGUGAUGGCAUUGUAAAUGAGAACUUGGUGGAGCGUUUCACCCAGGAAGUGCAGGUCACAGAGGCACGUUGCUUCUAUGGCUUCCAGAUCGCUAUGGAGAACAUCCAUUCUGAGAUGUACAGCUUGCUUAUCGACACAUACAUUAAGGACCACAAACAGAGGGAAUACCUGUUCAAUGCCAUUGAGACAUUGCCAUGUGUUAAGAAGAAGGCUGACUGGGCUCUCAACUGGAUUGGCAACAAGAAUGCAGAGUUUGGUGAGCGAGUGGUUGCCUUUGCUGCGGUGGAGGGCAUAUUCUUCUCUGGGUCAUUCGCAUCUAUUUUCUGGCUGAAGAAGCGGGGUCUUAUGCCUGGCCUGACCUUCUCCAAUGAGCUUAUCAGCAGAGAUGAAGGCCUGCACUGUGACUUUGCCUGCCUGAUGUUCAAGCACCUUCUCAACAAACCAUCACAUGAAACUGUCAAGAAUAUCAUCAUGAAUGCAGUUGAGAUUGAGCAGGAAUUCUUGACGGAAGCCCUCCCAGUCAAGCUGAUCGGGAUGAACUGUGACAUGAUGAGGAUCUACAUUGAGUUCGUUGCUGAUAGACUGAUGCUGGAGCUGGGUUUUGAUAAGAUCUACAGAUCGGAGAACCCCUUUGACUUCAUGGAGAACAUCUCUCUGGAGGGCAAGACCAACUUCUUUGAGAAGCGUGUUGGAGAGUACCAAAAGAUGGGAGUUAUGUCUGGCCCUGUCGACAACACCUUCACGCUAGAUGCUGACUUUUAAACCGUUGAUCAGAUAGGAGGCUUAAACUCCAGUAGCCUGCAUCCACCAAUCUGUCUUAAUCUCGCCUCCCUCAAUGGUUUCUAGCCUACAGUAGUUGACCAUUAGAGCUAGUAGAGACUAGGUGUAACCUACAGUUCCUCUUGAAGGGAAGGGAGUUAGGAAGGUGUCUUAUGGUAGGUCUGGAAUGCACUUGAAUGCACUCUGGAGGAUUUAGUGUCAUGUGUACCCUGACUACCUCUGCAAUGUUUUCAGCUUGUCAUCUGGGUCAAAAAACCUGGUUGGGGGGACAACUGAGCACAUUUUGACCCACCACACUUAAUUAGUUUUAGUGUAACUUUGGGUUUUUGUUUUUAAUGUAUUUAUCAAGUUUUUAUAAUAAAGGUACUGAUUCAGUUAUGUGGAUUAUUUGUACCAUUUUGGGCUGGUGCUGAAUUGCUUUGUUGUAAUAUGAUUAUUUUUUUUAUUUUUUUUGUACUGAUCUCUUUAGUGCUUUGCUUGUAAAUAUAAAUGCAUUUUAAUAAAACAAGAGAUGGAACAUUGCA